UUUGUGAUGAAUGUAAUACUCUGAUUGUUUUCUUUCAGGGUAGCGUCAAGAAUAAAAAAAUUGCAAAACUCUUUUCUUUUUUACUUUUGCUUACACUUGGAACAAAAUAAACGCGUUUUUUGAGGGAAAGCAGAACUGAUUUGCAUCCAGACAUGAGUUUUCUUUCUCAUCCUUUCAAUUAUAAGCUUCAGUCUUCUAAUCCGGAUUUAUACUCGUAAACUUACGAGUUAAUGUCAUUUUCUUCUAGACUUAUUUUAUUUUGAGUAAGGUCUAACUUCUUGCAAAAGCUUGACGCCUUUUUGUAGCCUACAAAGAUGUGAAAAAAUGGAUAGAUUAACAGUAAUAUCUGGAGCUUUAUUCCUUGCUGCGAAUGUAUUUGCUGCCAUAAGCUUGGCUCUGCCAGAUUGGAUUGUGUCUGAUGUGGGCGGAAAUACCAGACUCGGACUUCUCAGAAACUGCAUGACAAUUUACGGUAGACAGCAACUAUGUUUUUCACCGAAUUUACAACCCGAAUGGAUGCUGUCCUUAAUAUGCAUAAUGAUUGACUGCAUUUGUGUCUCAACCACUGUUGCUUUGCUUCUGCUGUCUCAUUGGAAUGAUCAAGUUGUGCCGUAUGCAAGAUGGAUGGGGUUUUCUGCGAUGGUGUUGUUUUGCCUCGCAGCUGUCAUAUUUCCCAUGGGAUUCACAAUGGAAGAAAUCGGAGGAGAAGCGUAUCAACUGCCCAGCAGUCAUCAAGUUGGAUUGUCAUAUAUAUUCUUCGUGCUGGCUCUGUGGAUAACUGUUAUUUCUGAAUUAUUUGCUGGCAAAGCGUGUAUGCCUCACUUUUAG